GUUUUAUGGCUAGAGUUACCGCUGUGGAUUCUCAUCGUGAUACAAAACAGGUGAACAACUUUACCAGUCGCUGACGAGCUGUACGCGGUCAAAAUAUUAUUGUUGACUUCAUUUUGUUUUUAAAAUAUCUGUCUAGAUUGGUGUUUCUCAUGAUGUCUCUCUUUGAGAGAUUUGGAUGUGGAGCGAUGGUUGGAAUGCUGGUCUUAGUUUUUACAUUAUUCUGCUGUUGGUUACCCGUCCAAGUCGGCGCUGAUUUUGCCUAUCCAGACGUCUUCAACGACCCGGAUCGAGACACGCCACUUUACGGCAAGUUUCCGGACGGGUUCGCCUGGGGUUCGGCAACCUCCGCCUAUCAGGUGGAGGGUGGCUGGGACGCGGACGGCAAGGGCAAGAGCAUAUGGGAUACCUUGGCGCAAGCCGGCGGCUGUGCCUACGGACAGACCGGUAACGUGGCCUGCGACAGCUACAACAAGUACGCCCAGGAUGUUCAGUUGGCUAAGGCGAUGGGCCUGACACACUACCGCUUCUCUAUAUCCUGGCCUCGCGUCAUGCCGGACGGUACCCUGGCCAGUCUUAACGAGGCAGGCCUUGCCUACUACGAGGCCCUUGUGGAUGAGCUACUCAAGGAAAACAUAGAGCCUGUGGUAACUCUCUACCACUGGGAUCUACCUCAGGUCCUCCAAGACGUAUAUGGUGGCUGGGAGAACGACUCGCUCGUGGAGCUCUUCAACGACUACGCAGACGUCUGCUUCGAGCGCUUGGGCUCCAAAGUCAAACUGUGGAUCACUUUUAACGAGCCCUACGUCGUUUGCUGGCUAGGAUACGGUAUCGGUGUCUUUGCUCCGAACAUCAACGAUCCCGGCUACGGACCGUACCGCGCAGCUCACACCAUUAUCAAAUCACAUGGCAUGGCGUAUAACACAUACCAACAGAAAUACAAAGCUCAGUAUGGAGGACAGGUUUCCAUUACUUUGAGUACGGACUUCGGUCUUCCCGAAGACGAAAACAACCCGGCCCACGUGGCCGCAGCAGAUCGGUACAUGCAGUUCACGGCGGGUUGGUUUGCUCAUCCCAUCUUCAAGAACGGCGACUACCCAGAUGUGAUGAAGUGGCAAGUUGGCAACAAGAGUCUUGCCCAGGGUCUGAGCGAGAGCCGCCUGCCGGUCUUUACCGAGGAGGAGAAGCAGUACAUCGCCGGUACCGGGGACUUCUUCGGGCUGAACGCCUACACCACCACCGUCUGCAAAGACAACUUCCGUCCCACGGACCCAAACUACGAGGAUGACCAGGACGUGGAUCGCUACCAACCCGACAACUGGCCCAAGUCCGGCAGUGACUGGCUUCGCCCCGUACCCUGGGGGCUCCGUAGACUCUUGAACUGGGUCAGUCAGGAGUAUGGUAAACCCAUCUACAUCACCGAGAAUGGCGUCUCGACCGCUGAUGUGGCUGAACUCAAUGAUACCAGCAGGCAGACCUACUAUGGGGCUUACAUCAAUGAGGUCUUAAAAGCCUCCGUACUGGACGGAGUGGACGUCAGUGGCUACUUCGCCUGGUCCCUCAUGGACAACUUCGAGUGGACGUCGGGCUACACCCAGCGCUUCGGCCUCCAUUACGUGGACUUCGAGGACCCAGACCGACCGCGGACGCAAAAGGACUCGGCCGCUUUCUACGCCGGUUUGGUUGCUUACAACGGCUUCGAGGAAGCAGGAAACGGAGCUGUGGCUGUGACGUCAACUUAUUUCGUCCUUGCGACUCUGUUGAUUGUUUAUUUUUUGCUGUGAACGCGGAUUUAAAAAAACCCUCAAAGUCACAAGGGGUUUAUACACAAAAUGUGGUAGACUUUACUUUCAAACAUGAUAUUGACGGGGAAUAACGGGGACAAAAUAGAGCUAGAAGGUAGCAGUAUUAGAAACAUUAUAUGCAUAAUUAAAACCCGCAAAAAUAAACCAAACUGUACUUUUAUUAGACUUUUUUUUUUACCUUUGAGCACUCAUAGAUAAGGUUGACAACUUCCAGGUGAGAUAAACGCGCUGGGCCUCGGAAGAGAGGUAACAGCUCACCGAUGAUUUGUGGGCGUGACUAUCAUGGCUAAUCACAUCACAGUACACCUUUGGUGCUGAGUUGAUGGGUGCAUGUACAGUUUUGGUGCUGAGUUGAUGGAUGCAUGUACAGUUUUACUAAACCAAGAUUUAUCAUGAUAGCUGUCGUAAUUAUUGAACAAUUACUUUUUUCACCUCGGAGAAGAAAAACAAAUUACAUGUAUCAAAAUUCGAUUUUUAUGUUGAAGUAGUAGUCCAUUUUAAUGAAGAUCAUUCAACCAUCUGCUAUGACAAGUAUAAAAUGCAUAUGCCUAACAUUGGAGUUUGCAUAAGUCAGUCACAACCAUUUAAGUGAUUAAUCUAUAUAUAAACUCUUGUUUUUCUUUUCAAUUUGUACAAUGCUAUUUUCACAUUAAACGUGAGAGGCACAAACGAGUCCUUGGUUCAAACAUUUAUCAUCUUGAACUGUGCAUCAAAGACCUUCAUUGAAGGCUUGGGUGCGAAGGAUGUACGUGUAUAUUCAUUUUCUGAUUAAGAAAUUCUCAAACUACUAUCUGAUGAUGGUGUUGUAUAUUACAUAAUGUAUAUGAGGAGUUAAGAGGAGAUUGUUUGCUUGGCUAAGCUUGGAAUAAACUUGAUGAAUGAAACUCA